AUGCGCAUUGGUGUGAGAUUGCUGACUGUAGUGGACAUGGUCGAUGUGGUGAUGAAGCCUGCUUGCCCACAUCCCACAUGCUCUGAUCGAGGUGUCUGUGUAGAAGGACGGUGUUACUGUAGAGACGGUUGGCGAGGAGCGGAUUGUGCUACGCCAAUAAUGGAACCUACGCCUACGCAAGCUGUGGUCGAAAAGGAGCCUAUCAUAGUUGCCGCCUUAUCACCUGCCAUUGAAAUGGUUCCUGCCACUACCCCGACAGAAAAGCCUCGUCAAGUCAAUCGAGAUCUUGAUCGACAAAAGUUACCUGAGCCUAGCAAGUUUGUUCGCCCACCGCCGGACUGCAGUAAUCAUGGAAAAUUUGUUGCCGGUGUAUGCCGAUGUAGUCAAGGAUGGGAAGGAGAAAAUUGCGAGAAUUUGGUAUGCCCGCCAUGCCAACAUGGUGCAUGCAUGAAUGGACUAUGUGUAUGUGAAACAGGCUGGAGUGGUGAUCUUUGCGAUCAAGCGGAAUGUGCCAUUGGUUGCCUUGAACAUGGAAAAUGCUUGAAGAAUGGGACGUGUGUUUGUGACAAGGGAUGGAAUGGGGAGAAUUGCUAUAUGGAAGGGUGUCCCCUUUCGUGUUCUGGCCAUGGUGAAUGCCGUUACAGUCAAGGACUUGCGGAAGGAUGGCGAUGUGUAUGUCAGCCGUCCUAUACGGGUAGUGAUUGUGCUGUACCGAUAGAGAGUGAUUGCCGUGAUGGACUGGAUAAUGAUAAU